AUGCAGAUGGCCAAGAACAAGAUCGUGAUCGUGGACUCCGAAAACCUCCUCCCAGUCGAGAUGGAUGCGGGAAACCCCAAACCACGACCUGGGAGGAACUAUCGACUGCCUCGCUGGGAGCGGGACGUGCCAAGCAUCAUACAGGACCUGACCGAAGCUUUUUCCGCGUGGAACACAUCUCAGAUUCUUGACCCCAAGUCGUAUCCUAGCUCGCACAUGGUGUUGCGGAUCCGACCUCCCCUGAUGGUCCCCGAUGCGCAGAACAACCCCGAGUGGGGCCUGGCCUGGACGAUUCUCGAUGGGGCCAAAAAGUGA